UUCUCCAGUUGCAUUCUGGGUAGUCGGAAAACGAACAAAAUACUCUCGCUGCUGGUUAAUUCAUUCGUACGUUUGAGACACUUGAAAGACCGCAGAAAUCAAGAAAGAACAACUUCGUUACAGUUGAAAUUACGGACCCUUGCAAAUAUGUCCAUUGGCGUGCCCAUCAAAGUUCUGCAUGAAGCAGAGGGUCACAUUGUGACCUGUGAGACCAACACUGGUGAAGUGUACAGGGGAAAGCUCAUUGAGGCUGAGGACAACAUGAACUGCCAGAUGGCCAAUAUCACUGUGACUCAUCGGGAUGGGCGUGUAGCCCAACUGGAGCAGGUCUAUAUCCGGGGCAGCAAGAUUCGCUUCCUGAUCCUACCGGACAUGUUAAAGAAUGCCCCUAUGUUAAAGAGCAUGAAAAACAAGAACCAGGGCUCUGGAGCAGGAAGGGGGAAGGCAGCCAUUCUCAAAGCUCAGGUGGCUGCAAGAGGACGGGGUCGUGGUGGAGGAAUGGGAAGAGGAAACAUUUUCCAGAAGAGGCGAUAGUAUCUGCAAUGGUUAAUUUAAAAUUAUUGCAUUGUACAGUUAUUUUUUCUUUAGAAUUGUGUACACUAUUUGAUCUAAUUGUUUUGCUAGCCUUUUACAUUUUGCAAGAACUGUGUUUUUGACUUUUUUUUCUUUAAAAAAAAGAAAUAAGGUUAUUUUUUAAAUAAAUUGCCAGUUCCCCUGUGUCAA